GCUCUUCUUCUCUCCCUUUCCGGCUUUCCCUUUCUUUUUCUCUCAUUUUUUUUCUCGGCAAGCAGACGAAACCCAUUUAUUGCACGGACUUCGCCGAGAAGUUCGCUGUCAGAUCGAUUUCAACUUCAACAACUCCGUAUCAUAAUUCUAAGUGAAGUUUGCUGUUUCGCAAAAUAAUGCAAGACAUCCAUUCCAUCGAUGCUGGUGGUCGGAUAUUCAGCGGCGGGGGAGCGGACCGUCGGAUUCGGCCACACAACCACCAGAACCACCAGGCACUCAAGUGCCCCCGCUGUGACUCGCUCAACACUAAAUUCUGCUACUACAACAACUACAACCUCUCACAGCCGCGCCACUUCUGCAAGAACUGUCGUCGUUACUGGACAAAAGGCGGCGUGCUCCGGAACGUCCCUGUAGGCGGUGGCUGCCGUAAGGCAAAGCGAGCGAAGACGAAGGCCUCGUCGGAAACGGCGACGGAAACGCCUUCGCAACAGCAGCGUGAUCAGCGGAAAUCGAAUUCUCAUUCAAGCAGCGAGAGCUCAAGUCUCACCGCUGCCAAUUCCAACGUUGCAGCGACGAAUGGUGCUAUUAGUUCUGCUGGCGGCACUGCGGAGGCUGUAUCAGCACAAUCUUCACACACAAAUUUGUUAACCACAACGGAUUCUAAGUUUUACGUCCAUGGAAACCCUAAUCCCAGCUUCGAGUCAGGCCUGCUGGAACAAGGAUCGGAUUGCGGUAUAUUUUCCGAUAUUGGAACUUUUACAAGCUUGAUUACAUCGUCGUCAAAUGAACCACUGUCGUUUGGAUUCGGAACAACACUGAAUCAACAUGUUCUAGCUCCUGACCAGGAACAUCAGUGGCAUAGUCAGAAUCAGCUGAAGACGAUCAUGGCUGGGGAGGAAAUCACGGCCGGGGGUUUGCUUGAUCAGACGGUGCAGGUUGAGCUAUCGGCUUUACAGAGCAGAUCCAAUGGUGGAGAAUUAGGACCGCUAGAUUGGCCGGGAAAUGGAGAUCAAGGACUAUUUGAUCUUCCUAACACCGUCGAUCAUACAUACUGGAGUCAGAGUCAGUGGACCGAUCAGGACCAUUCUAGCCUCUACCUCCCGUAAAUUUCUCUCUUUCUUUUCUUUUCUUUUUUUUUUUUUUUUUUUUUUUUUCUAUUAACUACCAAUUUCAGAUUUUUCUACUUAACAAAAAUGAAAAUUAAACCUCUCAGAAAAAAAUUAAAAAAAAAUGAAAAUCAAACAAAGCCUCAAGGCUGGAGCUAGAGAAAUUGAGAGAGUUCUAUCGAUAUAUGAAUUUAUAUGACUUGUUCUUGUAUGUAAAUUUUUUAAUAUUGUUCUUAUUUUGGUUUGAUUGAUUCUCAUGUUCUUUGGACUAAUUUCGUGUUAAUUAGUAUUUUUUUUUUCAAAAUUGGGAUUGAAAAAUAAAGAAGUUAUAGUGUU